GACAAUACAGAAAGCUCAGUGGGAACCAUGAUAACAACUAAUCUAUCAUGAAUAUGCUUCUACAUAAGUGUCUAUUGCACUAGUAGAUAUACUUCGAAAUUCUUGGCUAUCAAUAGGAAUAUAAAUCAUGUGGAUCUUCAUCAAUCUCGUAGUUGUAUUUCAAUGGCAAAGCUAAGACUGACUUUUCUUCGGAGUAGUUUAACAUCAAGAAUGGCUAGUCGCUGGCGUGCUUCUAAAAGGUGUGCGAGACAGAAACUAAAAGUAGCUACUUAGAUGUUUGUGUCAUUAGCAUUUUUACUUGGGUACGAGCUUGCAGUACGGCAACGCGGAGAGGCAGGUGAGGAAGAUAGAAGCGACGUGCCGCUAGAACGAGAAAGGAGCACGACUACUUCCAGGAGGUCUAGCAAAAUGGUGGCAACUCCGAGACGAGGACGACCUCCCUUCCAGCAGGAGCUGGAUAGUGUCUUACCAUCGCAAGAAGACGGAGGAGAUGAAGAAGAGUUUUCACCCUUUGCCCACCGUGAAUUGCUACGCGCCUACCUUGCCUUCCGCGUGUUGUGUCUUCCUUCUGACGCCCAAGGCAUUCUUGCGAGCCUUGUGUUUCAAACCAGUGGUGGUAGUCGAAGCCCAAGCCCGGUGGAUCAUGCUGGAAACUACAAGGGAAUCAGUAGCGCCAUGAGUUCGAAAAACUCAACGACUUCCAACGUAUCACAGAGAAGUACCUCUUCGUCCAUCCUCCUUCUCCCUUCAUCGCGCGAUUUGCUAGCUCGUGUUCUUGUGAAGUGGCAGCCUGAGUUUGCGUCGGCUGGUGCUACGACGUUUCGCAUGGCCUCCAGCGCGCUGUUGGAGCCAAUGCGCGUCGCUGGCUUACCUCUGGACAAGCCCGACGCUUCCCUCGCAGUGCUGCAGGCGAGGGAAGCCGAGUUUCGAUCAGGCGUCUGGCUCGAGGAUUUGAAACGAGAAACUGCACGCAUCGCUGCUUUGCGAGAGUACAUCUCCUCGGCGCUUCAGGAAGUGGGCACGCGGCCGGCCGAAGAGAUCGACGAGGCAGGGCAGUCGGAAUCCUCAUGGGUUACGAUCGACGCUCUCGAAGACCGAAAGAUUCUCUACCGUAUCGAAGAUCGCGGCGAUUUCGACGCAGCUCACGCUUUCGCUGUCGAGAAAGCAGGAGGCGAUUCUCCGAAUGCUAGGCGAAACAUUAUGACCGCACUUGAUUAGUAAGUUGUAGAGGAUGUAGUAAAGUCAGCUUCAGGUUGUACAGGACCAGGCUCAGGUGGAAACAAGGCGCAACAGAAUAUAUUCGUAAGAAUACGAGUACAUCAUGGGCUUUUCCACAACUACUUAUUCAAGUAGGCAAAAAACUUUAACACUCAAGUUGAACUCAAGAGUUGUACCACUUCUAAGCCAGCAAGCACUGCAUCUUCUAUGUCUCCGGGAAAGAAGAGUCAGAUCAUGAGCAAGUCCAAGGUUCUGCACACUGUGAUGGAUUUGACCAUCCCAGGACUGGACUUUUUCUCGUUGACAGCAUUGUUGAAGGAAGCCGACAUGCACGUGGACUGGAUGCCUCGAGUAUUCGGGUAUGGCGUCCGCACGAGUGCGGUGCUCGAAAAACCGCGGUUCAACGAAGCGGUCGGGUAUUGGGUGCUAGCCCUUCCAUUUUUGGUUGAACGCGACUUCCUCGCAAAGUUGAGUGUUUAUCACGAGGCGCCGAAGUCGGGAAUGCACUUAAGAACUACACUCACCAUAUUUUUAUUUGCUACAUUGGGGGAAACAAGGGAAUGUAGUUUUUUUACACCCGUAAUCGCAGGAAUUUUUGUCCCUGCGUUCAUGAUGCUAAUGAAGUAUUCCACUAGUCCGAGUAAUUUUCAACAACUACAUGCAUGUUGGCUCGACCUGAGGAAAACAUAGUAAGUAGUUGUGAUUAAGAUUAUGAUCUCUAAUUUUUGCCACAACACCUACAUCCCCCGGAGUAGCAGGAGCAACUCUACCCCCUUUCGAACAGAUCGUCUUGGUGGACAGCUGCGGUCUCAAUGACCUGGCGGAUCCUGUUGACGCGGUGGGAAAGUUUCCGCAUUUACUGUCAGAGUUCAAUGCACCUGUCAUUGAGGCGAUUUCUGGUGCUGUGGAUUUAGACGAGCUGGAGAAAGGGGCGAAUAGCGAUGAGGCGAACUCCAACAUGCCGGGGAGCCGGGCGGUCUCUAAGAAUCUAGACGGAGCACGUCAGGGGGGCAAAGGUUCUAGUGAAGGAAAUGGAAAAACAAAAAUUGGCUCAGUAGGAAAGAAUCCGCAACAACAUGCACCAGCUGAGAUUGAGCAGGAUCCUUCAAAAAGAGAAGUCUUCAUCCGGGUGCCUGACGGCAAGUACAUCGCGCCACGACCUAUGUUUGGUAAAGGUGGAGCAGGCGCCUCAUCGUCUUUUAUGAAUGUUAGGGAUACAAACUGCUGCUGCAGCUCUGUAAGUGCGUCCUUGACAUAUAGAAGAUUUCUCAUCUUCACUGAAGAAUAAUGUUGGUUUCCGAGGAAAAGGAAACAAAAUUCAUCAUUCAAGGUUGAUCUUGAUGUUUGGAAGGUUACGGCUGCAGUACUAAUUCAAAUUCUUCUAAGAAUGGUGUUUUAGGAGGGUUGAUGCCAGGAGGAGAGUAUGGUGCAGAGGACGAGGAGAGUGACCGCCAGAGCCUCGCUUACGUGGAUCCAAACGAGCGCGAAAUCGUAGGCAUGCCGCAGCUCGGCCCUACAACACCGGACGACUACAACUUGUUGGGUAUGUGGGACAACAUCGGGCGCUCGCCUGUAGUCAGGAGCAAGAAGAGCCCAAAGCCACAAGUCCGCCCGUCGAUCCGGCCUGACAUCGUUGCUCCAAGAGGCAGCGAUUUUAGUCAGAAGUUAGUCGUGGGAGAGGCUCGCGCAGCAACUUCGCUGGUGUUGGAAAAGAUCGCGUCUAGAAGAAGCCGUGCUUCUAUUGCUGGUGACUCUAGAAUGUCUAGCAAAGUCAUGAGCAACGAUGGCGCCACAUCUUCUUCAAUGGCAGGACGAGGACGAGGAGGUUCCGCAUUACAGAGUGGCGAAGAGCAGAUUGUUUCGUUAUCCGAGUACCUGAGUCGGAAAUCACGAAUGCGUCAAAGCGGCGUGCCAGUUGUUUCAGGAAAAGUUGUAGUAAAGUUAAGACUAGUUGUUCUAGUACUAGUAAAAGUAAAAGAUAGUGAUAAGAUUAAGUACAUGAAAGAAGUCGAAAGGCAAUUCAUUGUCCGGCGUAGACAAAACAGAACUCGUUUUCUCUUGCAUGUAGAUAGGGAACGAUGUUUUUCCGACGAGGAUACUUGCUUCUAAUGUAGAAACCGGAGCCCGAACCUGCGAUGGCAAUGGAGGACUUCCUUGCGAACAUCGACGACGCCCACAUCGAUGAGGGCAUGGAUCAUGAUGAGGGUCGAGAUAUAAUGGUAGGCCCACAUUCACCAGAGAACAACUUCGCGGCACGCUUCAUGUCGAGCUCAAUAUCUGCGCCGAAUCAUAUGAACAGCAAGGGCGAAGGCGAGACCAUUUCAUCGGCAAACGAUUUUCGAGAGGCAGACCUUGGUUUUGACUCGUCUCCUGAUCUGAUUACUCCUGCGACCUCCAGCUUCACGGGAGAAAAAUCUUCAUCCGGUGGUCAACUGUUACGUUCUCAGGUGAAACCAUGAUCGAAAAAAUGAUGAUUCUUUUAUUCAGCGUUGAAGAAAUGAAGACGAAAAAUAUGUAGUAGGGAAACACACGGCUGGCAGUAGCGACUCGUUAGUCCCUCGCUCCAUUGAUGUAAUUUCCUUGGUUGCGAGAAGCACAUUUUUUGUUGUAAUGGUAGGUUUCUCAUUCUUAUCUAUCAGUCUCGCUGGUCCUUGUCCUGGUGUAGUGAAAUUAGUCACUCAUGAUCUCUAAUGUGAUCAGCUUCUCGUUACUCUUCGUCCGCGGCAGCCUCAACAGCUGGGACGCAACCUCCUGGUCAUGUCGCCAAUCGUAAUGUGGUUCCGCGAUGGACCGAGGGGAGCCACCGCUCCGUGCUGCCGGCUUCUCCUUCUGCCAGUACCGGUGGAAGGAACUCGAGUCCAAGUCAAAGUAAAACGACGACAGGGCCCAACUACGCUCAGCAACGCUCGUCUUCUGUAUUCGGGGGAGGACCAGAAAACGUCGCGGAGGACAUGAGAUCGUCUGUAUCGGUUCAGUACGACGAAGCGGAACGCUAUCACGUGCGAGCUGAGGCGCUAGGCACAACGGGUGCGAUUUUGACGCCGCUUCCAGGAGGUCGUGUGCGCUUGCAGGCUUCUGUGUCGACGGACGUGAAGUUGCAGAUCAUUCCAGGCUUCUUGUUACGGUCAUGUAGCUCAAUGUCAUUGUCAAGCUCUUUAUAUUCGCGCUAUCCGCCAUGUUGAGUUUCCUAAAAAGUACUUCUUGUGUUUGAUAAAAAGGGGUCUGGGUCAAUAGUGGUCUCACUGCACCACAUGUUCUUACUUGUAUCAAUCUGAAUCGCUUACUUAUUUUGCAUAUCUUCAUGAAUUUGGUUGUAUGAUCUAGAACAAGGUGGUGUAAACUCGACUGCGCUAAUGUACAUCGAUCUUGGGUUGCGGAAAGCGCCAAGUAAGCUUAUCGAACGGAUGAUGAGUGACUAUGUCCAGAAAGAGCUCUUAGGCUCAUUGAGGUUUCGUGAUAGGUACGCCGACGCCAGCGACUGGUACUACCGCUACCUGCGUCACCUGUUGCGGCGCGAGCUUCGGGAACAAUCAUAUUCUGCGAGGAGAAAUAGUGAUACUAGAGUACUGGCUGCUCCUUCAGGUGCGUCGGGGGCUCCUACUGCAGGGGCCGCGUCGCCAUACAGUAAUGAAGUAGUUCGCGCAUCUUUUGGAGCUGCGGGGGAUCAACAAGUAGAGAGAAACGUUAUUGCGGGGCUGAAUGCAGUAGUCGGGCUCCGCGUUCGUCGGGGCCGAGACUGGGAUGACGGACGCCAGGUCACAGCGGUCCUACCAAAGGAAGACGGCACAGUGUCGCCUCCGCGAGUGUCGCGACUGGCUCCCGGAACCGUGGUUCCAGAACCUCCUCGGCAGUUACCCACGAAUAUGAACGUAACGGGGGCUGCGCGUUAUCAACCUCCUGGCGUUGCACAGCCUUUCUCACCCGGAAAGUUCGGCGUCGAAGACCCUGAAGACUCGAGUUACCAGCCGGAUGCUAGCUAUGGCGACUGUUUCUACACCGGUCUGAUAACCGGAGUGUGCGAACGCACAAAAACAGCGCGCGUCGAGUGGGUCUACGACGGAUUCUGGGGAGGAACGUACUCCGAUAUUUUCGACGGGUACCGCGUUGGAAAAGAUGGCAAGUACGACCUAGGUGUUUGGUUUCCCGGUGAAUUCGAAACGGACGAAGAUGCCCGCCGAAGUGCAUGAAUUAAUGGUUUCGACAUUGCAUUCUUCACUACCAUCUCCAUCCUUCACUCGUUUUCCAGUAGGAAAAGGGUCAAGGAUGUUCUGAAGAAUGUAACUCCGUAACCUCUAAAUGAAGCGUCGCAAGGAAGUCCAAGGUCCGACACGAGAUCGAUAAAUCAAUUUGAAUUAACAGCAAGAACAACACCAUUGAUCUUUGUGGCGGUUUAAGUGGCAACUGAAAAGCAUAGACCUAACAUGCAGCCAGCAUCUGAAAAAAUUUCUUACGCACGACGCCUCGAAAAGUUUAAGUUGUAAUUUGUACUUCUUAAUAACAAGCAAUCCUCAACAGCGCACUCUUGAAUGAUUAACUGACACCUACCUGGUGGUCUCAUUCAAGUUGUACUCGUUUUUGAUCCAACCUGGUGUACGUCGAUAUCCUAGAUACAAGAAACAAAGAUCGAAAAAUGUCGAUGACGUAACAAAGAGCCGACAUGUGCAGCAACAUACACAUUCUGUACUGUUUGUAGUUCCAAGAAUUCAGAUUUUCUCGAGCCUCCACGUGUAGUUUUCUAGAAAUAGUAUUAUCCACAUCGUGAGUAGUUACCAAUAGAUGCCAUGACCUUGACCACCACUUGAAACUUCAUCUACGUCACAUGAAAUAAUUAGUCGCAAGCAUAAUAAGAAAUAGCGUGGAAAUAAAAGGCAAUUGACAAUGACAAUAAAUAUCAUAAAAAUUUCCAAGAACUAUGUAAAAACGACUGAGCGGAUUAGGAUUGAUUUAUAUGUCUCGUUCUUCUUCUUCACAAUUCACAUUCUAUCUUGUACCUACUUGUUAUGCAACUACGCUUCCUUUGGGUACUUCUAGACGUACGCAUGACACAUCUGAUAGACUCUUUUGGACGACCUCGUGAAAAAGCAACAAGUAGUUCACCAACUACAGCCGACGAUCACUCUAUUACAGAUCUCUGAUCGCCCCUAAGUACGGGAAGCUCUCAAAUUCGAAAGCUGUGUCAGAUCGCAUUGAAGUUGCCCACCUGAAUGAUCGAGUCGGAUAUUUUCCGGGAUCGUUGCAGAUUUGGAUAUCUUCA